CAACAUAAUGCUAAUGUCAGAUUUUCUUAAAAGACAGAAUAUUGCAUAUGAGCUUGAAGGAAUUUUUGCUAAGCUAAAUCUUGCUAGUGACUGUUCUGAUUGUCUAAAGUUUUAUUUAGAACAGUUGACACAUUCUGAUAAGAACAUUUCAGAAAACUUGUCUGUUUCACUCCAUUGACUUAGAAUAUAAUUCAAAAUAUUCAGAUUACACCGAGUAGUCAUUUUCACACUGCCGCUCGUCAAAAUUUAAAGUUCUUGCAACAAUAGUGUUAUAUGUUCACAGAGUGUUGCUAUGGAAGCAAAGUAUGCAUAUCGUCGUGGUGUCCUGUGGCGAUCGUAUGGAAGAGAGUUUGGUUAUGUUGAAAUCUGCUGUCCUGUUUUCUCGAUCAUAUCUUAUCUUUCAUAUAUUCACAGAACCAGAAUAUAUCAAAGCAUUCCAAGGACAGCUAGAUUUCUGGCCACCGAAGUAUCGAGAGAAAAUAGAGUAUCAUAUCUACAAUAUAACGUUCCCAUCUACAGAUGAAAUAAAGGCUGAAGACUGGAAAAAGCUGUUCAAACCAUGUGCUUGCCAAAGGCUCUUUAUUCCAGAGCUGUUAACAAAUGUAAAUGCCUUAUUGUAUGUGGACACAGAUGUUUUAUUCCUAUCCCCUGUUGACGAAAUCUGGGCGUUCCAUAAGUUUAACACCACCCAGCUAGUAGCAUUGACCAAUGAUAAUGAAGAUAAAGCUAUAGCAUGGUACAACAUAUUUGCUAGACAUCCUUACUAUGGUGUUACAGGCUAGUAUAACCAUAUGGAUUUGAAUUCAUAUGUACGCAGUUUGGGAUAAACUUUCUUGACUCACUAGUACGGUCAGUUUCUUGAUACAACUUAUGUCCAGGCACCGACAAAAACUAG